UACUUAUCUCCCACAUAUACACAAACAUAUAAUGUCUUCUAUUAUAAAGAGACUCCCCUCGACGGAGAGACUUCAACAAGUGAAGAAGAUCACUGCCGAAAUUUUCGGUGCCAACUGGAACCCAACAAAUGCCAGAAACGGUGCAAAGAUUCUCAGACAACCUCUUAAAGGUCCUGAAGUUGCUAGCUACUACGGUGUGAACGAAGCCACCCCAUCCUUCAAGGACUUCAAGGAAUGGUUCCCUGAAUUAAAGUUGGUUGACCCUAAGGAAGCCUACCGUUUGAAGAUGGUAGAGGACAGAAAGAAGAGAAACAAGGGUGCUCCAAAGAAGAAGUCAAAAUAAGUUUAGACCAAAUUCACCUUUGCAUUGUACAUAGUAUUAUACAC